AUGGACGAGCACAACCUUAGCUGGUAUCAGGUUGUUCAGAUGUGCCGCCAAGCCCACCCGGAGGACGAGCAGCUAGUCGCCGACGCUUUUCAGGCCGACCAGCUAGGCCUGGAGGCGGCGGAUGUUGCGGAGGCGGCAGAGCGCGCGCAAGCACGCCGACCAGCUGGCAUGGAGGCGGCGGAGAUUGCGGAGGUGAAGGCGGAGGCGGCAGAGCGCGCUCAAGCGCGUGAGCGCCUCGCUGCGGCCAGGGUGGAAAUCUUCGACGCCAGGGCGGGGCUCGCGGAGGCGCGGGCGGCGAUGGCGGCCCCACCCGCGGAUGUCGUCAUCCAUGACAUCACCGACAACAACGAUGACAACGUCGUACCCGCCCGCUUCCGCUGCGGUGGCGACCAGCUGGUUGCGUCCUUCGAGACCCUAGCUGGAGACGCCCUAUGCCGUCAGGCUCGGGCAGUGGAGGAGGAAGCCCACAGCUAUGCGGUCCCCAUGGCUCGAGGGUACAUGUGCUCCGACCUGGAUUCGCUUCAUCGGAGGGGCCAUUCUCCCGCGCGCGUCGAGCAGGAGAACCGGGAGUUGGCGGACGCCAUCGCCGCUAGGGACGAAGCGGUGGCGGAGGCGGCUAGGGACAGGGUCCACUUCCACGCCCAGCUGGCAGCGUUGCAGGCGGCGGACAUUAAGGCGGCCCAGGCGGAGGCGGCGGCCCAGGCGGAGGCAGCGGCGGUGGAGGCAGCCAACUCUAUGGCCAGGAGAGUCUUGUGGGACUCCUCUCUGGCGAGGCCCUCGAAUGCCGCAGGCGGCAGGACGAGAUGUCCAAUCGCCGGCGUGCGCGGCGCACGGAGUGCGUCAAGCGCUCCUACUUCGACGACGGCGAUGGCCCCUCCGGCGGCCAGUAGUAGGCCGCGUGACUGCGAGUAA